GAAGCGUGAGGAUGUGUACAGAGUUGUCAAGGCUUUGACAGUAACAGGGGAUGGAUUGAGUGCUGAUGCUAAAAGCUUUACUCGUUUCCUGGUUCGAGAAUUUGAAAGGAAUGGCGUGAAUCUGACCUUAUCUAAGAAAGAGGAGUUGCAGCGUUUAACAACAAAUAUAGACGAGCUAAGCAUGCAAUACAUUCGUAAUCUGGAUGAUGAUUGUAGUUUUCUACUUUUCACUGACGUGGAGCUAGAUGGGUUACCCCCCGAGUUUCUCAAGAGCUUAGAACGAUAUGGAGAUGGUAACAGAAAAAUCAUUUUGAGAAGCCAUCAAGUUUCACCGGUGCUAGAGCUUUGCAAGGUGGGAUCAACCAGAAGAGCUGUUGCUAUUUCCUAUGGGCGCAGAUGUGAAGCCAAUGUCACUAUUCUUGAACAGCUGAUUCAGUUGCGUCACAAACUUGCUAGAUUGCUUGGAUUUGCAAAUUAUGCCGACUAUGCCACUGAUGAUAGAAUGGCAAAGUCUUCCUCUAAGGUGUUUGAGUUUUUGGAGAGUCUCUCUGCCAGCUUGAAUGAUUUAGCAUCCAGGGAACUUUCAAUGCUUAAAGCAUUAAAGAAGAAAGAGGAAGGUGAAUCUCCUUUCGGCAUGGAGGAUCUUGCAUACUAUGUCAAAAGAAUCAAAGAUCAACAAUUCCAUAUUAAUUUUGGAGUAAUUAGACAGUACUUUCCUAUCAUGUUGGUUUUAUCCGGCAUCUUCAAAAUCUGCCAAGACUUAUUUGGCUUAGGUUUUAAGGAAGUUGAAAAUGCUGUGGUUUGGCAUCCAGAUGUUCAGCUUUUUUCAGUUUCAGAUUUAAGUUCUGAAGAGCUUGUUGGAUAUUUUUACCUAGAUCUGUACUCCAGAGUAGGCAAAUAUGCUCACACUUGUGUCAUAGCUCUUCAGAAUAGUUCACUAAAUAAUGGUUCUAGACAGAUUCCUGUGGCUCUACUUGUUUCUCAAUUUGAAAAGGAAGUUGAUGGUCACCCUGGGUUAUUGCAAUUCUCAGAAGUGGUUAAUCUUUUUCAUGAAUUUGGUCAUGUGGUACAUCACAUUUGCAGCUGCACAUCCUUUUCAAAAUUCUCGGGGCUGAGUUUGGAUCCUGAUUUUGUGGAGAUCCCUGCCCUUUUGAUGGAGAAUUGGUGCUACGAAAGCCUCUCUUUGAGACUGAUCUCUGGCUUUCAUCAGGAUAUCACAAAGCCCAUUAAGGAUGAUCUUUGUAAAUCACUUAAGAAAUGGCGAUGCUCCUUCUCAGCACUGAAAUUGAAACAGGAGAUUUUUUAUUGUCUAUUUGAUCAAAUUAUUCAUUCAACCGAGAAUGUUGAUAUUAUUGGGCUGUUCCAGCAUCUCUAUCCAAAG